GUCGCUUUAUCAGAAAAAUGGGCUACAAAGGUUGAUGAUAAGUAUAGGCUUCGAUUGGACGUUUCAUCUGAUGCCUUUAAGAUAAUCUUAAACGGUAUCUGUAGCGGAACAAUCGUUUUGUACAAUCCGGAUACGGAUCUUUUGAUGGAAUUGAUGUUGGUAUCUGACAUCCUACUUCUUCAUGGAUUUUUCGACAUUUUAAGAUCCAAAUUGGAUCAAAAGAAGGAUAAGAAUAAGGAAUGGCGUGAUGAAGAUAUUGUUUCCAUAUUAAAAACCUCUUAUCGAAUUCCGCUCCUUCAAGAUCUCUAUUCAUAUUGUCAAGAAAUCUUCGUAGAGAAGCCGUCGAUUUUAUUCGAUUCCCCAGCAUUUUCAUCGAUUGAUGAAGAAUUAUUGUUGUGUUUAUUAAGGCUGGACGUGAUUUACUUUCCAGAAAUCAAAAUUUUGAAUAAAUUGAUUGAGUGGGGCAUCGCGAACACCCCCGGUUUCGUUACUUCAACCGAUAAUACAUACGAUAUGUCUCUGAUCGGUGCAUUGAGAAGUACUAUAGAGAAUGGGUUACCGUUGAUUCGAUACAACAACAUACAGUAUAAGGACUAUAAGAAUUUGAUUCUCAAAUAUGAUCAAAUAUUCCCAAUGUCAAGACCCCAAUGUCAAAUUCCACGUCGUAUUAAUUCACCCGUUGAACCAAAGAUCGUUAGUAGUAGACUCGCCGGAUUAAUUGCGACAUGGAUCGACAGAAAGGAUUCCAAUGAAGAUCCAUACACCGUUUCAGACACUCCAUUCCUAUUUAGGCACGUGUUUCGCAUGAAUGAUCAAACAACCUUCUUUCAAGAUAAUCAUAAAUAUUACAACAAAUCUUCAAAAAGAAUCUUACCAACGGUCAAAUGUCAUCACGGACCUUCCAUAAUGAUCAUGAAAUUUAAAGGGUCUGAAAAAAUCAUUGGUGCAUACAAUCCUAUCAAUUGGAAGCAAGAUAUAGAAAAGAAAGUAUAUAUUCCUACAUCAGAAAGUUUUCUUUUUUCUUGUGAUGAUAAGUAUGGAACAAAUCAUCGAUUAAGCAGGGUUCGUGAUUUCGAACACGCAAUCUGUCUAGAGAAUGUGCGUCCCAGCGGAAACCUAUUAAAAUUCGGGGAAGAUUUUGUUUUUCACUAUUACUCGUCAGGAAGUAUCCACUGUGAUGUCAAGAACAAAUUUUACGAGCAACCAAUUAUAUUGAAGGAGGGAUAUUAUUUAAUUGAAAAAUGGGAUAUUUUUGCAAUUGGUAGAAAAGAUGAUGAACCAAUGAUGGUGAUGAACAAGGAAGUAAAUUAUGUUAAUUAUGAAAUUCCAUCCAAACCUAUCACAAAAAUGAUCGAAAGCGACUUCUUUGAGUUGAUCGCGACAUGGAUCAAGGGUAAAGAUCCCGUGAAUUCUCGGUACACAGAAUCUAAUAUGCCGUAUAAAUUUACUCCCAUAUUUCGCAUGAACGAUAAUUCGGAAUUCCAUUAUCAAAACUAUAAGUACUAUAAUAAAUCAUAUGCAGGGUUAUUUCCAACGACGAAAUGCCAUCACGGACCCUCUCUGAUGAUCAUGAAACUUCGAACCGGAAAGAUAAUUGGAG